UCACACCAGCCUGAAAACAAAUGUGGACACGUGAAACACGCAGGCAGGGAGCACACUUGGCUCCUCACCACUGCGAGGCCAGUCUUGCACACAAAGGCCAUCGAUCGCCAAAGUCGUACUUGUCCUGAAGAGGCACCACGGUAUCGAUGUUGUCGUCCAGCGUCAGGUCGCCACACGGACCCUCAGCACGACCGAGACCUGGGACACACGAGACGGCCAAAGUCGUCGCUCAUGUAACAUCGUGAUGCAGUUCUUUGUUCCCUCUGUGCUCACCGCGGACGGGUUCUUCAACGCACUGAAUGGUUGCUGGGUCCGGCUCCAGCUGCCCCUCGCCGUUGCAAGUGAUGACCAGGUCUUGUUUGGGGAAGAGCACAUAGCCGUCGUCGCACACGCCCUUGAUCUCCUGGCCUUCAAGCAUCGUGAAGUCGGGGUCCGUCGAGUGCCCGUCCUCAAACAUCAGAUAGCCGUGAGACAGAAGGUCGCUGGCCGGCUGCACACACACCGGACGAUCAACUGCACACACAAACAAAGAGAACACACACAGCUGUGCUGUCUGCCCAUGUCUGUCUGUCUGUCUGUGUCCGGCGGGUUAUUGACAUACCGAAGACGCAGUAGGGGGUCGGCCUGUCGUAGGAUCCAUCCUCCUGGCAGAGCAGUGUGGUAGGUCCCCUGAGCUCAUAGGAACCAUUGCAGCCCAUCGUGACGUUGGUGCCGAUGGCGAAGCUCUGGUUGCCCCUGGGAGCGGCCAACCUCCAGUUGGACAGCGUGUUGACGUCGGUGGGCUCGGGCGGCAGACCGCACUUGCCGCCCUCCACCACUGCAAGCACACAGCCAGAAACACCCUCCUGCUGCUUCAAAGACUUUUGUGUGACGCGUCGUACCACAAUGGGGUAUUUCUUCUGGGUCGGCCUCCGCGGCAUCUUCGUCCGAGAGUCCUGGUUGGAUGAGGCGGGGGCCUCUCGCCUUCUGCAAGAGGUUUUUCAGACCUCCAAGCCCAAGAAUCGACUCCUCGACAGAUAGCUCCAAGGCAGCUCUGCAGGGAGUACGCAAGACGACUGCAUGGAGACAUUGCACAUGUGGCAGAUGGACUCACCAGGGGCAUAGCACAUGAGCUCGUGGGCCCUUUUCGGUGACAGGUCCAGCCCAUUCGGACACUUGAACUUGACGAUCGACCCGUGACGCACCUGAGGGUCCGAGUACCGCACCUCCAGAUGGUCCCGCGUCUCCAAGCCAGUCAUCGGACAGAAAACUGAUGAUGCAGCCAACAGAAAAGCCGUGACACUCACUGGAGCACACGACUAAUGCCUGUGUCUCUGUUACUGAUGCAUUUAGGCACAUCCCCCCUGAACUCUCCCUUGGCUUCGAUGCACACGACCUUCUCGUCCCCGCGAGACAAGACGCUGCCGUUCGGACAGGCGAAGUUUAUCUCGCCGCCAGCUGCAAAAGAGUCGUCGUUGAGGAGCUGCUGCACAGGCACCUCGCCCACAGCCUCGACCUUGGGCGGCUCCAGCUCCUUGCACACCAUGGCCGUGUAAUCUGAAGGGACGACAAGACGGAGAUGCGAGAAGCAAGCCGAUUUCUGCUGCUGUACUGAGGCAGCUGGGAAUGUCUGUGACGUUGGGGAAUGCAUCCCAGGUGCCGUCGAUUGUGCACUGGGUCUUGAAGGGAUACGCUGUCGGCACGUCGAACAGACAUCGAUAGACCGAUGGCUGGCUGGAUGGACGACGUCUCAUUGCUUUACCUUUUGGCCACGAUAGUCCCUUGUUGCACCUGAAGAUAGCGAUGGCACCACACUCUGUCGCGUUGAGGCCAGGGAUGUUGGCAUAGUCGAUGACGCCGUCCUUCGGCUCCUUCAAGCGGCCGCAAUCGACUACACACACACAUACACACACGCGCACGCACGCACGCACCCAGAGGUGCUUUCGCCUACAUGGACUAAACAUUCGUGUUGUGCCGGGCAUUACUUUUCCUGUAGAGCUCCUUCGGAUUUUCCAGUGUAAAGUUGAGCACACUGCUGGUCAUCUUGAGCUCAUCGUCGGGCACGAAGCGGGAGUAGAUCAGCAAGGAGUGCACCACACCAUCUGACAGACGGAAAGAGAACGUCCUGUCCGUGGCAGGAGAACACGCGAGUGAUUUCCUACCCAUGAAGCAUUGUGAGAGCAUGGCGUCGACGUUUCUGUGGGUGCGGGGGGUCUCGGGGAGCUCCGGUGGCGGUUUGGGGGAGUCGACUCGACAGCCAAGGUCAAGGAUAGCACCCUUCUUCGCAUUCUUGUCCAUCCAUGUGAUGUCGUCAGCAUUGGGGAGCGCCUUGCCGUCUCUGACCAAAGACGUGACAGCAAUUGUGUCCGUCUUUAUCGCAUUUCAGUAGACUUGCACUCACAUGAUGAUUUCCGUCUUAGGUGGCUCGGUGGAGGGGAUGCCUCUCUCCUCUUUGGGCUUGAUGCGGCGGAUGACGAUAGUGCUGGUCGUCUGUGUGACCAGCUGUACAUCCUCUAGCCUGAUUUUCUUGGCUGGUGAAGGGCCAGCCCCGAAGGAAAAUCUCCCGCUGAGAUAAGACAGAGACGCAUGCACUGCAUCGUCCCGUGAGUCCGCAGUGAUAGGUCCCUCGUCUCACACUGGAUUAUCGUCUUCCCGAUCGAAUCCGAUCUCAAGGUUGGCGUCCUUGGUCGCCAUGUCAAAAUUUAGGAUGACGGCUGACCCGUUGUCGAGGUCGACAGCGUGGCCGUUGUCAUACUCCAUCCGGGGCCACGUGACCAGGAAUAUGACUGUCACGUUGCCCUUCUCGAAAAGUGUGUAGGACCGCUCCCCCACCAUCCAUGUGCCGUUUCUGAAUCUCAGUCCGCCCCAUUGGGGCUGCUUUGGGUCCCUGCCCAUCUUGAUCAGCUCUAUGGAAUCUGUAAUCGUCCUAUCGGUCGGAACACACAACAAAUAGCCCGCCACAGAAGACUCUGUUUCCACAUACCUCUCGAAGGUUGGGGCAUUGGCACUCGUGGGCUGCUCGAGACUGCCAAAUCCAUCGGGACAUGCCGACCUGAAAGGAACGGUGUUUGGCAAAAGAUGGAGCAAGGCGAUCAUUUCUAGUCCAUGAGUAGUCAUGUUCUCACCCUCUUGCAUCAGCCCAGUUCUGCACCGCCUCUUCCCCCCCUCUCUUCGCAAUGGCCAGCCGGUCCUCGUCCGCAAUGUAGACAUUCUCCAGAUCGCUACAGGACACCUUCAGCCUCUUGCGACAUGCCUCACCUGAACCCGCCCACCCCAAUGGAUAUAACUGCUGCCGUCAGUCAGAUGUCACGGAUUCCUCCUUAUUGUCUGACCCCUCCAGCAGAUGCCCCUCGCCUUCUUCUGCUCCUCCUUGAGAUAGGCCUGGAUGUCUACGAGUGACGGCACCUGGAUUGCUUCGGUGUCGUUGUCAGCUGGCGUCGCAACUGCUGCCCUGGCACUUCUGCGAUACCUUGAGAUAAAACUAAAGGGGUCAAAGUCACCUGAUUGGCAGAUCCCAGACAGAACACAUGAUUUCCCACUGCAAUCAAGGGCAUCGUCAUGGCGUUACUGUACCCAUCGAGAGAAGAAAUGACUUUGAAGGGGCAUUGGCACCACCCAGUGCAAACUACAACAGCACGGGACCAAAUGCAGACGUGCGAUAGCGUCGUUCUCUCAGUGCAAACAGGGCGUACCAAGAGCCCCUCAAGCAUGAAGAUACCCUGCAGGGCAGCAAAAGCUCUUCUUAACCGUUUCAUCUUCUGCGAUAGACUGCGCAGCUCCGACGAUCAUUCAACGCAGAACCGACAGAAGAACCGCCUGUGCUGCGAUGCGAUUGCGCCUCGGAUUGCGCCAGGCGAUUGCGCUGCAAGACGUGCUGCAAGGCUGCUCCAGAUUAUGAGGACGCCCACGCAAAGAAGGCAGCAGCUACGGAAUGAGUCCGUGCACGUGUGGAGG